GAGCUGGCCCAGGGAGACGCAAUCGAGCCCGCAGCGCAUCGAUGCGCCGCCGCCCGCGCCGCUCCGGCUCCGGCUCCCGUUCAGCCGCCGCCGCCCGGGGGUCGUCCCAAUGAGCUCCGGCCCACCCGCGCCCUCGCGGCCGCCACUUGCCUGUUGCCGACGCCGCCGCUCCAGCCGCGCCGCGGGCAGGAGACUGGACCGCUGAGCCCCGGGCCGCGGCGGCGGCUGAGCGCCCCCCCGGAUGCCGUGACCCUCUGCCCGGGGGCGGGGGCCGGGGCAGGACCGGCCAGGGCCGCUCCCGCGCUCCUCCUCCCACCCCCUCUGCCCGCCUUCUCCCCCUCUCCCCGCCCCCCGGCCCCGAACCCCGCGCACCUCGUCUGGGGACGGGGCGGGGGGGGGGCAGGGCCGCCGUUCCUCCCCGCCCCCUCUUCCUCGGGCCUCUGGAGCGAUUUGUCAAACUUCCCAUUCCGCCGGCAGCGCGGUCCUCCUCCUCCUCCUCCUUCACCACCUCCUCCUCCUCUGCCUCCUCCUCCCCCCGCGCUCCUCCCUCCCCGCGCCUCCCUCGCCCGCCCUCCUUCUUCCCUCCGCACGUUCGGGGAUCGCGGCGGAGCGCGGAGAGGGGGGGACGCGGAGAGCCGGGGCGCAGCAGCAUCCUGCGGGCGGCCGCUCUCCGGGGGGGAGGCUGAGAGCCGGCCCGCCUCGCCCCCCCGCGGGCCCGCCGCCCCUCCCUCCCUCUCCUCAGCCCGGCAGCGGCGGCGGCGGCGGCGGCAGUGGCAGUCGCCGGAGGAGCAUCAUGCCGAGGAGGAAGCAGCAGGCGCCCCGGCGCGCAGCAGAUCCCGUGACCUCCGUCACUGCGGAUGGCUUGGAUGAUGUCUUGUGACCCUAGGCGCCCAGGUGGAUGGCUCGAGAAACCUCAUGUUGUCUGCUGGAUUUGGUGGAUUGUGACCUCCUGGGUACCAAACUCCUAUGUUUCCGAAGAGCUAAAGGCCGCCGCCCUAGUGGAAGAGGACCUAGACCCCGAGGAGAGCACGGUAGAUGGGGAGCCCUCGGCCAAGUACAUGUGCCCCGAGAAGGAGCUCAGCAAGGCCUGCCCCAGUUACCAGAACUCCCCAGCAGCUGAGUUUUCCAGCCACGAGAUGGACAGCGAGUCGCACAUCAGCGAGACCAGCGACCGCAUGGCCGACUUCGAGAGCGGCUCCAUCAAGAACGAGGAGGAGAGCAAGGAGACGGCUGUUCCCCUAGAGGACACGACCGUGUCGGACAGCCUGGAGCAGAUGAAGGCCGUGUACAAUAACUUCCUGUCCAACUCGUACUGGUCCAACCUGCACCUCAACCUGCACCAGCCCUCGUCCGAGAAAAACAACGGCGGCAGCAGCAGCAGCAGCAGCAGCAGCAGCAGUAGCUGCGGCAGCGGGAGCUUCGACUGGCACCAGAGUGCCAUGGCCAAGACGCUGCAGCAGGUGUCCCAGAGCCGCGUGCUGCCCGAGCCCAGCCUCUUCAGCACUGUGCAGCUCUACCGGCAGAGCAGCAAGCUCUACGGCUCCAUCUUCACGGGCGCCAGCAAGUUCCGCUGCAAGGACUGCAGCGCCGCCUAUGACACGCUGGUGGAGCUCACGGUGCACAUGAACGAGACCGGGCACUACCGCGACGACAACCACGAGACGGACAACAACAACCCCAAGCGCUGGUCCAAGCCCCGCAAGCGCUCGCUGCUGGAGAUGGAGGGCAAGGAGGACGCCCAGAAGGUGCUGAAGUGCAUGUACUGCGGCCACUCAUUCGAGUCCCUGCAGGACCUGAGUGUCCACAUGAUCAAAACAAAACACUACCAAAAAGUGCCUCUGAAGGAACCCGUCACGCCUGUCGCAGCCAAAAUCAUCCCUGCCGCGCGGAAGAAAGCUUCUCUGGAGCUGGAGCUGCCCAGCUCCCCAGACUCCACGGGUGGGACCCCCAAGGCUGCGAUGGCGGAUACCAACGACGUGCUUCAGAAGAACUCCAACCCCUACAUCACGCCAAAUAACCGGUACGGCCACCAGAACGGGGCCAGCUACGCCUGGCACUUUGAAGCCCGCAAGUCCCAGAUCCUGAAGUGCAUGGAGUGCGGCAGCUCCCACGACACGCUGCAGGAGCUCACCGCCCACAUGAUGGUCACCGGCCACUUCAUCAAGGUCACGAACUCGGCCAUGAAGAAGGGCAAGCCCAUCAUGGAGACGCCCGUCACGCCCACCAUCACCACCCUGCUGGACGAGAAGGUGCAAUCCGUGCCCCUGGCUGCCACCACCUUCACGUCCCCCGCCAACACCCCCGCGAGCGUCUCCCCGAAGCUGAGCGUGGAGGUCAAGAAGGAGGUCGACAAGGAGAAGGCGGCCGCCGACGAGAAGCCCAAGGAGAAGGAGAAGCCCUGCGAGGAAGAGGAGAAGUAUGACAUCUCCUCCAAGUACCACUACUUGACGGAGAACGACCUCGAGGAGAGCCCCAAGGGGGGACUGGAUAUCCUCAAGUCCCUGGAAAACACGGUGACGUCUGCCAUCAACAAGGCCCAGAACGGCACACCCAGCUGGGGGGGCUACCCCAGCAUCCACGCCGCCUACCAGCUCCCCAACAUGAUGAAGCUGUCCCUGGGCUCCUCAGGGAAGAGCGCGCCCCUGAAACCCAUGUUUGGCAACAGCGAGAUCGUGUCUCCCACGAAAAACCAGACCCUGGUCUCCCCGCCCAGCAGCCAGACCUCACCCAUGCCCAAGACCAACUUUCACGCCAUGGAGGAGCUGGUAAAGAAAGUCACGGAGAAAGUUGCCAAAGUGGAGGAGAAGCUGAAGGAGCCGGAGGGUAAGCUGUCUCCGCCGAAGCGGGCCACCCCAUCCCCGUGCAGCAGCGACGUCAGCGAGCCCAUCAAGAUGGAGGCAUCCAGCGAUGGCGGCUUCAAGAGCCAGGAGGGCAGCCCCAGCCCCCAGCGGGACGGGUGCAAGGAGGGGAGCCCCCCCGCCGAGCCGGUGGAGAAUGGCAAGGAGCUGGUGAAGGCCAUGAGCAGCGGCCUGAGCAGCAGCACGGCCAUCAUCACCGACCACCCGCCCGAGCAGCCUUUCGUGAACCCCCUGAGUGCCCUCCAGUCGGUCAUGAACAUCCACCUGGGCAAGGCCGCCAAGCCCUCCCUGCCCGCCCUCGACCCCAUGAGCAUGCUUUUCAAGAUGAGCAAUAGCCUGGCCGAGAAGGCGGCUGUGGCCACCCCGCCACCCCUCCAGUCCAAGAAGGCGGACCACCUCGACCGCUAUUUCUACCACGUCAACAACGACCAGCCCAUAGACUUGACGAAAGGGAAGAGUGACAAGGGCUGCUCUUUGGGUUCAGUGCUUUUGUCACCCACGUCCACGUCCCCGGCAACCUCCUCAUCCACGGUGACAACAGCAAAGACAUCUGCCGUCGUAUCAUUCAUGUCAAACUCGCCGCUACGCGAGAAUGCCUUGUCAGAUAUAUCCGAUAUGCUGAAGAACUUGACAGAGAGCCACACGUCAAAGUCCUCCACUCCUUCCAGCAUCUCUGAGAAGUCUGACAUUGACGGGGCCACGCUAGAGGAGGCCGAGGAGGCGACGCCCGCCCAGAAGAGGAAGGGCCGCCAGUCAAACUGGAACCCGCAGCACCUGUUGAUCCUCCAGGCCCAGUUCGCGGCCAGCCUCCGGCAGACGUCCGAAGGCAAGUACAUCAUGUCAGACCUGAGCCCCCAGGAGCGAAUGCACAUCUCGAGGUUCACCGGGCUGUCCAUGACCACCAUCAGCCACUGGCUGGCCAACGUGAAAUACCAGCUGCGAAGGACAGGUGGGACAAAGUUCCUCAAAAACUUGGACACCGGCCACCCCGUGUUCUUCUGUAAUGACUGUGCGUCGCAGAUCAGGACUCCUUCCACGUACAUCAGUCACCUCGAGUCACACCUGGGCUUCCGGCUCCGGGACUUGUCUAAACUGUCCACCGAACAGAUUAAUAAUCAGAUAGCACAGACCAAGUCGCCCUCGGAAAAGUUGGUGACGUCCUCCCCCGAGGAGGACCUGGGGACCUCCUACCAGUGCAAACUUUGCAAUCGGACCUUUGCGAGCAAGCACGCGGUUAAACUUCACCUUAGCAAAACGCACGGGAAGUCCCCAGAAGACCACCUUCUGUACGUUUCCGAGCUAGAGAAGCAGUAGCAUUUGCUUUCGAGGAGGAUGACUGUAAUUUGCUUUGAGGGAGAACGGUUGCAGGCACCUUAAGGCCCCUCUGUCUUGUUCUUGGCACACGUUCUUAUUUUAACUGCGGAGAAUCACUCUGGGCUGGACUGUUUUGUAUAACUGUACAGUGUUUAAUAGAGGUGCAUAAUCAGCUGUUGUUACUGGUAAAAUAUGAAGGUUAAAACGCAGUGGUAAGUGUUUGGAACUUUGUGUAAAUGGGAUUGAGUUGUAAGCAUCCCCCUGAUGCUUCAAGCUGCAUGCAUUAACAGACAGUUUAAUUAAGCAUUUAUAACGAAAUCGGGCACACUUCUUCCACGCGGCGCGAGUGGGCCGGCGUUUCUCACCCUUUCAUCUUUAGCCCUCUGAGUACUUUGAAGCACUUUUGCAUUAAUUUGGUUAAAAAAUAAAAUGAAAUAAUAAUAAUGUAUGAAGCUCUGUUUUUUAAACUCCUUACCAGCUUAGUUAAAAUUAAUAAUAUGAACCUCCCUUUAUGCAGGUCUGCAGGGGUAUAACACGCCUUGAAAUUUAAAAGAAUAUUAUUUUCACAUUGAAACAUAGAUGUAUAUAUUGUAUAGAUUUCAGACUCUCUUAUGGAAAAUGUGAUUGUGGUUUAAAUGACCUUUUUUUUCCUGCAUUUAUAGCAACAGUGUUUUAUGUACCUGCUAUGCUCCGGGCAUAAGCCGUGCCUAUGUAUAGUGUAUAUUUCUUUUUUCUCUUUUCUUUCUUUUUUUUUUUUUUUUUUCGUUUUUUAAAGGUCUAUGGGGUUUUUUUUUGUUUGUUUGUUUGUUUUCACAUGCAAACAUUGUAAAUUAUACAGAAGAUACCACAGAUAGCAUUUAUAAAGUAUACAGAAACAUUAUCUGAAAGCAAAGUAUGAUUGUUUGUUUUGCUAUACAGUACAUCUAUAUUGAUAGGUUCAUGUUUAAAUUAUACAUAUUUAUUAGUAUCAUAUUAUCAUUUGUUUUGAGCAGUCUGAAUACACGAGGCAGGAAACGACAUCCGUAGCGGGCAUCAUAACUAUUUUGCACAUGAUUUUUAAAGGUAUUUAUUAGAAGUCAAAGAACGCGCAAAAUAAACUCAGUGCUCAAAGGGUUAAGUCUAUCUGAAAAGAGAGAAAAAAAAAAAAGAGGAACAGCAACAAAAAGAAGUUGUACUGUAUCUCCGAAGCAUUGAUAAAGCCUUUAAAAUGUUUGUACUGUAAUACUUUGCUUAAAAGUCACGAGGCAUUCUGUGACACAACCUCUUCCACUAAUUUAUAAGCCCUCUCGGUGGCUCUUCCAUAUUGUAGGAUGCCUUUUCCUUCCGAUUGGUAACUUUCUGUUUUGUUCUUCCUAAUUAUUCUCCCAAGAUCCCACACUGCAGUUUUAUCUUUAGGCUUAUGAAAGGUAACCCGUGGUUACCGGCUCUCCAAGUGAUUCUGUUCUUCUCCAUUUUUGGCAGUUAAUUUGCAGAAGUAACUGACAGCUGACACCAUACGAGAACCUAUGUAUAAAAUAUUGGCAUGUAAGCAGCACAGACACUGUAACACACUCUGUGCCCUGUUUUGUUGUUGACAAUGAACCACCAUUAUGUGACUCUUCAUAUAACCCUUUUUUCUACGGCAGCAUUAAAAUUGUCUUUUUGCUAUAAUUUUGUGUUGCGUUCACAAUUCUGUCUGAAAUGUGCUACGGCUAACGAGCACAUUAAAAUUAAAUUGUAUGCGAUCUGUUUAUGACUGAGUC